ACAACCAAGGUGACAACGUUUCGUUCUUUUUUUCACUGAGGGAUGGUUAUAGGCGUAAAUUUUGUCCGUUACUCAAAAACUCUCACCCAAGUCCUUAAGUCUCAAAGAAGUGAUAAGUAAUGGCCAGUGUCCCAUAGUUUGCAGAACGUGUUAUUUCCGAGAAGUGUUUGUCUCACGUAUUACACGCAUUGUGAUUCGCCGCCGUUGGCAGCCACUUGCACUGACCACUGAGGCACGGACCAUUGACGUCCGCGAGCAAGGAAGGAAGUGGCGUAAGCCGUGAUCCCCGGGCCUCGCGAUGGUGAAGGAGCAAUAUCGAGAAACGGACUCUGUCCGCAAAAUCUCCGACAUCAGCUUCAGCAUUCUGACGUCGCAGCAGCUGCAGCAGCAGGGUCUGGUGCAUGUUGUGGCCAAGAACCUCUACAACCAGGAUCCGGGCCGCACGCCCGUCCAGCAUGGUGUGCUUGAUCGGCGCAUGGGCACCAGCUCCAAGGAGAACAACUGCAGUACCUGUGGUCAGACUCUGGCUGACUGCGUGGGGCACUUUGGCUACGUGGACCUCGAGCUGCCCGUGUUCCAUAUCGGAUACUUUGGAGCCACCGUGGCGAUUCUGCAGUCAAUCUGCAAGACGUGUUCGAGCGUACUGCUGCCACCAGCAGAGAAGGCCUCCUAUCUACAGAAGGUCCGCAACCCAAAUCUCUCCUAUCUGGCCAAGAAGGCGCUCAGGAAGAAAAUCCUGGAGAGAUGCAAGAAGAUGUCCAAAUGUCCGUCGUGUCAGGCGCUGAACGGCGUGGUGAAGAAGUCUGGGAUGCUGAAGAUCAGCCACGACCUCUACCGGAAGGUGAAGAAGGAUGACCCCAUCAUGCAGGCCUACGUCGAGGAGUUCAAGUCCGCGUUCGAGACGAACCGUGACCUGGAGUCGCGUCUGACGCCCGGCGUUCCUCUGAACCUCACUCCUCUGGACGUACAGAGGCUGUUUCAAAGAAUUCCUGAGACGGACCUGCCGCUUCUGCUCAUGUCGGGCACUCUGAGCCGUCCCACGGAGCUGCUGCUCACUCGGAUUCCUGUGCCACCUCUCUGUAUCCGGCCGUCCGUCGUAUCUGACCUCAAGGCCGGCACAAACGAGGACGAUCUGACUAUGAAGCUCACUGAGAUUGUGUUCCUGAACGACGUUAUCAGCAAACACCGCGAGUCAGGGGCUCGCGUUCAGAUGAUCCAGGAGGACUGGGACUUUCUGCAGCUGCAGUGUGCGCUCUACAUCAACGGAGAGAUGUCCGGCAUCCCGCUCAACAUGCAGCCGAAGAAGCCCACCCGCGGCCUGGUACAGCGACUGAAAGGAAAACAGGGCCGGUUUCGGGGCAACCUCAGCGAACGGGUCGACUUCAGCAGUCGAACUGUCAUCUCGCCCGACCCCAACCUAAGGAUACAUCAGGUGGGAGUACCUGAACACGUGGCCAAGGUGCUCACCUACCCAGAGAAAGUUACCGAACACAACCUGCAGCUGCUCAGAUCUCUGGUGGUCAAUGGAGCGGACACGCACCCCGGCGCCAACUUCGUGGAACAGCGCGGAACGGGUCUGAAGAAGUUUCUUAAGUUCGGCAACCGGCAGAAAAUCGCACAGGAGCUGAGGCCGGGUGACACGGUGGAGCGCCACCUGCUGGAUGGAGAUGUGGUACUCUUCAACCGACAGCCGUCCCUGCACAAGCUGUCCAUCAUGAGCCACCAGGCCAAGGUCCUCCAGCACCGCACCUUCAGGUUCAACGAGUGCGUCUGUGCGCCUUACAACGCUGACUUUGACGGAGACGAAAUGAACCUGCACCUACCGCAGACGGAGGAAGCCAAGGCCGAGGCCACCGUCCUCAUGGGGGUGAAGAACAACCUGGUGACGCCCCGUAACGGAGAGCUGAUGAUCGGGGCCACGCAGGACUUCCUCACAGGGGCCUACCUGAUCACUCAGAAGGACCAGUUCUUUGACCGGGCCAAGGCUUGCCAGCUGCUCUCGUCUAUUCUGGCUGGGAAAGACAAGAACACCUGGUUCGACCUGCCCACGCCGGCCAUACUCAAGCCAGUUCAGCUGUGGACAGGCAAACAGCUGUUUGGUCUGCUGAUGCGCCCUAACAAGAGCUGCCCGGUCAAGGCCAACCUGAGGACCAAGGGAAAGGCCUACACGACUGGCGACGAACUCUGCAUCAAUGACUCGUAUAUCGUGAUCUGGAACUCCGAGCACCUGGCAGGAGCGCUGGACAAAUCAGUGCUGGGCAGUGGAUCCAAGAGUAACAUCUUCUACGUGCUGUACCGUGACUAUGGCUCCGAGGUGGCUGCCGACUGCAUGUGGCGGGUGGCCAGGAUCACCUCCUACUUUCUGAUGAACCGCGGCUUCAGCAUCGGUAUCGGUGACGUCACGCCCGGCGCCGGUCUGCUCAAGGAGAAACACCGCCUGCUCAACGAGGGCUACUCCAAGUGUGACGACUACAUCCGUCAACUGGAGGGCGGCAGACUGCAGCGACAGCCGGGCUGUACUGAAGAGGAGACUCUGGAGGCCGUCAUCCUAAAGGAACUUUCCGACAUCCGUGAUCGAGCCGGAAAGGCCUGUCUCAGGGAGCUGCACAAGUCGAACGCGCCCCUCAUCAUGGCACUCUCUGGCUCGAAAGGCUCGUUCAUCAACAUCUCUCAGAUGAUCGCCUGUGUGGGACAGCAGGCCAUCAGCGGCAAACGGGUGCCCAACGGCUUCGAGGACCGCGCCCUGCCCCACUUCGACCGCCACUCCAAGACGCCGGACGCCAAGGGUUUCGUGAGCAACAGUUUCUACUCCGGUCUGACGCCAACCGAGUUUAUGUUCCACACCAUGGGUGGCCGAGAGGGUCUGGUAGACACGGCCGUCAAAACAGCAGAGACCGGCUACAUGCAGCGGCGACUGGUCAAGUGUCUGGAGGACCUGUGCUCGCAGUAUGACGUCAGCGUACGUGAUUCGGUUGGUAACAUGAUUCAGUUCUGCUAUGGCGGGGACGGCCUGGAUCCCGCCUGCAUGGAGGGCAAGGACAAGCCGGUGGACUUUGAGCGUAUCCUGAACCACGUGCGGGCAAAGUCUCCUUGCGCCGACGAGGAGCCUCUGGACGCCGACAGUCUCCUCGAAGCAGUCGCUGAGAUCAUCCAGAUGCCCGAGUACGCCGCCUGCCAGCCCACCUUCAUCGAGGAGCUGAAAACGUUCGUGUCUGCCCAGGCGCGGCUGGUGGCUCAGACCCGCCGUGCGUUCCCCCUGGAGGCGGAAGGCUUGCCGGAGGGGGGAGGUGUCCGCGCGAGACUGAAUCGCAUCACAGUCUCACAGCUGGUGGAGCUGUGUGAAAUCUGUCGCGAUAAGUACCUCCGCGCGCGCAUCGAACCUGGCACAGCAGUCGGCGCGCUGGCAGCUCAGAGUAUCGGAGAACCCGGUACUCAGAUGACCCUCAAGACGUUCCACUUCGCCGGUGUGGCUUCGAUGAACAUCACGCUUGGAGUGCCGAGGAUCAAGGAGAUCAUCAACGCGUCGAAGAACAUCAGCACGCCGAUAGUGACUGCUCAGCUGGUGGAUGACACGGACCCUGAGUUCGCGCGUCGGGUGAAGGGGAGGAUCGAGAAGACCAUGCUGGGACAGGUGUCCGAGUACAUCGAGGAGGUCUACCUGCCGGAUGACACCUUCCUGCUCAUCAAACUGGACACAGAGCGGAUCCGACUGCUCAAACUCGAGGUGGACGCCGAGUCCAUCCGGUACAGCAUCUGCACCGCCCGCCUGCCUACCCGCCCUGCUUCGGUGACUGUGGAGAGUGAUACAAUCAUCACAGUGCGCGCUGGCGCGGGAAAAUCAUCGUCAUCCCUCUACUACCAGAUUCAGAGUCUGAAGGAGCAUCUCCCGGGUGUGGUCAUCAAAGGUCUCCCGUCUGUCGCCCGAGCGAUUAUAGCCAUUGAUGACAGUAAAGGAGCUCCCCGCUACAAGCUGUUCGUCGAGGGAAACAACCUCCGUGAAGUCAUGGCAACGUAUGGUGUGAAAGGUACCGCGACAAGUUCCAACAACACUCACGAGGUGUUCACGACGCUGGGUGUGGAGGCGGCGAGGUCUACCAUCAUCCACGAGAUCCAGUAUACGAUGGAAUCACACGGCAUGUCCAUAGACCGGCGGCACGUGAUGUUGCUGGCCGAUCUGAUGUGCUCGAGGGGUGAGGUGCUCGGCAUCACCCGCUACGGCCUGGCCAAGAUGAAGGAGAGCGUGCUCAUGCUGGCCUCGUUCGAGAAGACCUCGGACCAUUUGUUCGACGCCGCCUACUACGGCCAAAAAGACGUCAUCACGGGCGUAUCCGAGUGUAUCAUCAUGGGUAUGCCCACGUCACUGGGUACCGGUCUGUUCAAACUGCUGCACAAAGCCAGUCAGCCGACCGAACCACCGCAGAGGAAGCUACUGUUCGCCUCGCCAGAGCUGCACGUGCCGGGCUUCAGGUAGCACAGCGCCACCUACGGAGAGGAACGGACACUGGAAGUUCACAUUCUGGCCACUAUGUGACCGUGGCGCUGGUGUCGUGACGUACUGGAUGGAUCCCAGGGAGUGUGAUUUUUGUUUUCACUUUUCAGAGUGUGUGCGAGAUGUGCUGGUCGCUGAUGUGAGAUACUUUUUGUGAGCGGUUUUUCAGCUUCUGUGCUGCCAUCUGUUGUGGGCUUGGACAAGCUUUGGCCUCUAGUGGAAGCGGGUUGAGAGCAUUACCAGCACAGGUCAGCGUGGAAUAGAAUGUCUGAGGUUGUUAUCAAAGGUUUGAAUAUAUUUGAAUCGGUA